CCUACUCUCUCUCUCUCUCUUAAUUCUACACAUAAUUUUUUUUUUUGGGGGGGGAUGGAGUUCCAUGGUCACAUUUCCCCUAUUGAUUGUGUUCUCUUAGAUCUUGAUGACACUUUGUAUCCCUCCACAACUGGUAUUGCAGGAGCUUGUAAGCAUAAUAUUGAAGAGUUCCUCGCAAAGAAAUGCGGUGUGUCUGCAGAAAGAGCUCGCUCACUCCGCGUCGAGCACUUCCGCAACUACGGCAGUUCCCUCGCAGGCCUCAUUGCACUCGGUUACGACGUUCAUCCAGAUGAGUAUCAUAGCUACGUGCACGGAAACUUACCGUACGAGCAAAUUGCACCAGAUCCACAGUUAGUAAAGUUGCUGAGGAGUAUUCCUCAACCCAAAAUAUUAUUUACGAAUUCAGAUCAGGCGCAUGUGCAAAAAGUGCUAAAAAGACUAAGCAUCGACGAGGACUGCUUUCAGGGGAUCGUGUGCUUCGAGACGUUGAACCGCCAUCUCUUCCAGGAGGUCAAAGGGGACGCAACUGCGGCUUCUGCAAAAGUGACUUUAAAGCCGUCGGCUGCCGCCAUAGAAGCAGCCGUCGGCUUUACUGGUUUCGAUCCCCGUCGUACUCUGUUCGUGGAUGAUAACGAGAGGAACAUCGCCGCAGGAAAAGCCGUAGGGCUUAUAACCGCACUGAUUGGAAAGAGGGCGAAGACGAAUGAAGCAGACUACUUGCUCAAUAACAUUCAUGAUCUGGGCCGAGUCGUCCCGCAAAUGGGGUUGCGGGGCGUGUUAAAGGAGGAGGAGAAGGAGAAAGAGGAAGGGGUGGAUAAGAUGAGAUCCGAGUUGGGUUCCAUUAGACCACCACCCACCCCAAUUCAGGCCUGAGUGGAUUACUAGUCACCACUUUGGCUUAAUUAACAUUUGUUAAUGUUAAUUGUUAAUCCUCACUUUGCUAAAUCUUAGGUAAAAGCGUACGUAGACCCCUCGACUAUAGCCCAUUCUGAAGUAGCCCGCUCAAUUUCGUUCUCUCAGCUUCUAAUUUUUUGAAAUUAAGAGAUUUCGGUUAAAAAAGAUUAAAAACUUUAUCAAAUUUAGUUAUCUAUUGAAUUUGAUAAAAAAUUUAACUUAAUAAAGUAUAAAAAUUUUUAAAAAAAAUUAAAAAGAAGAUAGGUAGUUGAGGAGGCUGCUUUAGAAGGGCCUAUUGUUGAAGGGGAUAUUUUUUACAUUUUUACCUAAAUCAUGUGGAUGUGGGACAAAAUAAAUUGGCUUUGGUGGUGACAGUGACACCUCUCCACUUGUGUUGUUGUUAUUAUUCUCCUUUAAUGCAUUGCUGACACUAUGACAUUUGGCUGCUUUUGUUUUGUUAUAGUCAUGUAUGAGAACAGUGAUGUGAAUAAAGCAAAUAAAAUUUGGGGCCAAUGAUGCUUUCUAUUGUGUU